CAGACCUCUGCCUGCCUCUGCCUGCCUCUGCCUUUGCAUACGUCAUCUUUUUACUGAAAAUCUUACAAAAACAAUAAGAAGCGGCAACUUGACAGCUUUAAGAUGAUUACAGACGUACAAUUAGCUAUAUUUUGCAACAUCCUGGGAGUUGCACUAUUUUUUUUAGUAUUUCUCUUCCACUACAUAAAUGCGACGUACACGAAAUGAGAAAUGAAGACGUGUGUUAUUCGAAAAAGUCUGCUUGUGAUGUAACCUAACCUAACCUAUGUAUUGUUGGAUCAAUGCGACCACGGCGACAUUUCUUUCACAUUGAUCAUAAAAUAUAAUUCAAUAUGUUACUUAACAACUUGAAAGUGUCAAAACACUUGAUUAAAUAUCGCAUGAUAGAUAAAAAAAUUGUGCUUCUCAGUUUCAUAUGAAUAUUUCUAGAAAAUAAACCUUACAUUAUAUACUUUUACUCAAAAUA